AUGCGAAUGGGCUCUGUCCCCGGCUGCAUCGCGCUCACUCGGACAGGGCUGGCUUCGGUGACUUUGCCUAACGCAGCUCUGGGGCUGUCUCCGAGCGAGCCAGGCUGGGCAGCUCAGCAGCAGGGGCUGGUUUGCACAAGGGAAAUCUGGCCCAAGUCUCCCACUGUUCCUUCCGCGGGGUCAGCCCCCACCGGCUGCCCCACUGCGCUGUCACUGCUCCUGGGACAGGCUGAAGACUCUUCGAGGGGGCAGCGCUCAGAAGAAAGCAGCCCCAUGGGCCAGCACAGCGGGAAAGGCAUGCACAGCUCCAGCCGGCGCCUGACUCCUGUCUCCCCGCCCCGCAGGUACGAUUCCCAGGAGCUGAUGCAAAACUCCAGCUUCUGCCUGGUGCCGCGGGGCCGGCGCUUGGGGUCCUUCCGUUUCCUUGAAGCUCUCCAGGCCGCCUGCAUCCCCGUGCUGCUGAGCAACAGCUGGGAGCUGCCCUUCUCCGAGGUCAUCGACUGGAACAAGGCUGCCAUCAUUGGGGACGAGAGACUCCUCCUCCAGAUCCCGUCGAUAACCCGCUCCAUAGACCACGGCAGAGUCCUGGCGCUCCGGCAGCAGACCCAGUUCCUGUGGGAGACCUAUUUCUCCUCGGUAGAGAAAAUCGUGCUGACGACCCUCGAGAUCAUCCAGGACCGAAUCCAGGCACACAUCAGCCGGAACCACGUGAUGUGGAAUGCGCAGCCGGGCGGGCUCUACGCGCUCCCCCAGUUCUCCACCAGCCUCGCCGAUUUCCCCUUCUACUACUGCGCCCUGGGGCGAAGCCCAGCCAGGGAGUUCACCGCCGUCAUCCAGGCCGUCUCACCGCUGCUCUCGCAGUCCCAGCCCAUCGUCAGGCUCAUCCUCGCCAUCGCCAAGUCCAAGCAUUGCACCCAGAUCGUGGUGCUGUGGAACUGCGAGAAGCCCCUGCCCCCGAGGAGCCGGUGGCCGUCCGUCCCUGUGCCCUUCAGCGUCGUGGAAGGGGAACACAAGACCAUGAGCAGCCGUUUCUUCCCCUACGACCUCAUCCGGACGGACGCUGUGCUGAGCCUGGACGAAGACACUGUCCUAUCAACCAAUGAGGUUGACUUUGCCUUCACUGUGUGGUGCAGCUUCCCGGAGCGCAUCGUGGGUUACCCAGCCCGGAGCCAUUACUGGGACAGCAGCAAAGGCUGGUGGGCCUACACCUCUAAGUGGACCAAUGAGUACUCCAUGGUGCUGACGGGGGCAGCGUUCUACCACCGGUACUAUCAUUACCUGUACAGCUUCUACCUGCCGGCCAGCCUGCACAGCAUGGUGGACCAGAUGGCCAACUGCGAGGACAUCCUGAUGAACUUCCUGGUUUCUGCAGUCACCAAGCUCCCGCCCAUCAAAGUCACCCAGAAGAAGCAGUACAAGGAGACCAUGAUGCAGCAGGGCUCUAAGACAUCCCGCUGGGCCGACCCGGAGCACUUUGCCCAGCGCCAGGCCUGUAUGAACUCCUUCACCAGCUGGUUCGGCUUCAUGCCCCUCGUCCAUUCGCAGAUGCGGCUGGACCCCGUCCUCUUCAAAGACCAGGUCUCCAACCUGCGCAAGAAGUACAGGGACAUCGAGAGGCUGUAGAGCUGCAGAAGCCGCAGACAGAGAGUGAGAAGGGGGUGAGGACCCCCCCAAAGAAGCCUGCGGAGAAGGGACUCUCCCUUGGGAGCCAUGGAGGCUUGGCCUGAGGGGCAGGGCCGGGUUGUCGGGCACAAACAGGGGAGACAGCCGCUGGGCCUGGCUCUGGGGUUAAACCUUUGGGGACAGUCGGAGGCUCGGGAUGCAGAGCGCAGAGUCCAGGGGCAGUUCUGUGACUGCUCGCUCCAUGGCUCAUGUCACUGAUUGAUUCUGGUUUUAACCCGCUUUCAAGCCAAGAAUCGUGUCUCCUCUCUGGGCCCCCAAACUACGAGUGCAGACGGAGCCGCACCGAGACGCCCGCUCAGCCGCUCCCUUAUUUUAUCUUUAGCUGCCUUUCACCGUGGUUGCCCAGCAAGGGCUCAAAGCCCUUUUCCUCUGGGUGCUUCACACACAACGACAUCCCCAUCCGCAGGUUUGGCCCAUCAGAGAGUGGCCAGGGGCCGAGCCUCCUGGCAGGGCGAGCAUGGGAGCCCAGGGAAUCCGAGGGAGAGCCGAGUGCACUGCUCUGUGGUCCCCGGGCCAUGCCUGUGCAGGAGGGAGAGAUCUGAGUGGGGCUGACAACCACUGAAGGGGGCAGGGAGCAAAGCCCUAGGGGUGUCAGCCCCAGCAGAUCCUCCAUCCCGCGCUCGCAGGGGUGGUAGAGAAGGGUCACACCGCUCCGUGUCUGCACCAGCUCAGGGCUUGACUGCGGAGCCCCGGCAGGUUGUUCUGUGUCUGGACGAGGCAGAGGGGACAUCUCCCCUCCUGCCCCCUUCCAACAGGUGUCCCCACUACAUCCCGCCAGCCCCUGGGCGUGGGGGAUCCCAUGGCAGCCCCCAGCAGAUCUUCAGCACCCCACUCAGCCCAGAGCCAGCUCCCCAUCUGAAUCUCCCCUGGAACUGACGGGAGGAGGGCUGGAGAGGGUGGCUGAGCUGCAGACUUGCGGGCGGGUGCAUGUGGUCUGCGUGGGAGGGCGAGGGUGCUGAGGGGGUAGGGUGGGAGCAGGCGUGAGGAGGGGGGCAGAGAAGUGAGAGGCCCCCAGCAGGUUCUGAUAAACUGCAGAGAAGCCGGGAGCUCCACGGGGCCCAUCGUCCCAGCCAUGGUGAGUCGGCUUCAUUUCCUCCUCCUCCAGGGAGCUGUCCCUCCCUCCGUGGGGGGAUCUGGAUCGGGGCAGGGAGAGCUGUUUGGGGGCUCUCUGCAGAGCUCAUCGGGGGCAGAGGGAGGUGCAGAGGAGAGGAACUGUCAGACAUUCGCUCAGAGCCUGGAGCACAGGCUUGCCAUGACCGUACUCAGACAUUGAGGCACAGCCUCCCCUGCAGGUCCAAGGUGCGUGUGCGGGGUCCCACAUGGUCUCCGAGGGCCAGUGUAAACCCUCCCCAUCGCUGCUUUAUCCCUGUAUCGGGGGGUGGGUUUCAGAGGCAUCGUUCAGGGAGCGAGUCACUGGCUGGCAGCGACAGGCUGGCGAAUCGGUCCCAAAGCCAGGGAGGAGCCCGUGCUGCUGAGUGCGCCAGGGUCCUGGCAUGAAUUCCUCAGUGUCACCCCGCAGAGGUCAGGUUUCAGAGUAGCAGCCGUGUUAGUCUGUAUUCGCAAAAAGAAAAGGAGGACUUGUGGCACCUUAGAGACUAACAAAUUUAUUUGAGCAUAAGCUUUUGUGAGCUACAGCUCACUUCAUCGGAUGCAGAGGUCAGUGGCGGCGUUGCUCAAGCUGCCUCCGGCAUGCUCAGCGAUGAGAUGCGCAGCGACCAACGACGGGCUAACGGGACCGAGCCGGUGGGCCAGGGAGGCAGGUGUCAGGGUGAGACCCGCUCCUGCCCGGGAGCCGCCUGAUGAAGAGUCAGACAGGACAGGCUAGAGCCCUGGGAGCCAGAAGCCAGGUUAGUUACAAUGAAAUAACUGAGGCCUCCAGAGAGCAAUCGGCCGCAGGUGUCUGCAGGAGAGGGAGAGGAAAACCUCUUGCCAUUUUCCCCUCCCCUUCUCAGCAGCUCUGUCCAGCCCUGCUCCGUUUGAUUCCUCAGCAGGACAGGAUGGAAGUAGCAAGGGGCUGGCUCAAGGUGUCCUCGCUCCCUCCUGUCCACGGUGCCAGCUGCCCUGUCUCCCUGCCCCUGUUCAGCCAAAGGCGUGGGCUGGCGGUGGGGUUUGAGAAAGGCGAUGGACUCCCCGCCCUGCCCCAACGCUCUGUUCGAAUGUGUCUCGUGCAGCAGCAAAAUAGGUAGGUUUUAUAGCGACUCAGAUGUAAAAACCCCUCCUAGGAAUCCCUGUAAAGGCCCAUUUUGUAUCAGAAUUUGUUGAAUUAAACUGAACCAAGACUUUUUCAAGGGGCCUCUGCUGUGGUUUCUGUUCAGGGCACUGCCACUGUGUGUUUGACCCCAGCCCCAUAUUGCCCUGGCCAGCUAAAACCGCUGGAAGCUGGGUGCGAGUGGCAGACUAAGGCCAGAGCAGUGACGUCAGAGCUUAGCCUGGUUCUUGCCCUGCCCCAGUCAUCACAGAACAACCCAGGCCCUCCGCUAGCGCAGGGAAAAGACCCGAGUCUCACACGCCUGAGCUGAGCCCUUGGGGCCAGCUGCACAUUUCCUUUGUUCUGAUGAAGGUUAGCUGUGCCGUUGAGCCACAGAUCCUGCCAUCCAUAGUUAGGCAGAGCUCCCCAGUGAAGGGCUGCAGGAACCAGCCCUGAGCAGGGCCCCAUGGCUCCACAGCAGGGACGCUGUGUGAUUUAGGCCUCGUCUAUGCUAGAGAGUUUAAAUGGCAACAGUUCUGCCGACAGAGGGCUACUGUCAAGGCUAUUUCAGCAGAGGGCGUUCACAUGGCAUCAGACUAGCUGCAAAAGACAUGUGGCUCCAUGGGCUGGCAUAUCAGUGUCCUCUGUGCCACCUUCUGACGCACUGCCUUGUGGGGAAUUUUGGCUGUGUCUUGUGGGAUAUCCUCACUCCUCACAGGGAAUUUGGGACUGUGGGGUCGAAUUCCCAUAAAUCCUUCGGUUCCAUCCCAUAAUCUACUCUUAUUCGCUCUGUUUUCCGCUGCACUGCUGAAACCAUGGACGCAGCACUGAGCAGCAAUGCUCUCAGGUCCAUUUUAAGGCCAGAACAAGGCAUUCUCUUGUAUUUGCAAGCCCACCAUGCUCAGAGACAUGGUACUGAGGAUGAGUGGGCAGUAAAAGACAUUGUCCAGCUAUGACAAGCAUUUGCUGACCAACAGGCGCUGAGCGGUGGCAUUGGGGUGUGAUGCAGAACUAGGCCGACUAGCAGCUGCACCAGAACUUUUGGACAUGGGAGACCACAUCCCUGGAGCUAUGUACCAGGCUUGCCCCAGCCCUGCAGUACCCAGGCACUGAGACGGCAGCUGCCCUGACUGUGAGGAAAUGGGUGCUGAGAACCAGGUGGGUGCUUGCAGCCCCACAUUGCUAUCGGGCGGCAGGCAAACAGUUUGCUGCUGGGAAAAGCCACAAGGAGGGUGACUGUCAUCCAGGUGCGCAAGGCCAGUAAAAGUGUCCAGCUGCACAUCAGCGUGACCGGACAGUGUGCAGGAAAUAAUAGAUGGAGUCAAUGAAAUGGGCUUCCCUGGCUGGGCAGGGGGUAAUAGACGGGCUGCACAUUCCGAUCCUGCCUCCUUCCCUACCUGCCUUUGAGGGGGACUCCUUCAUGGUUGAGCAAGCAUUGGUGGAGCACCAGGGAUGAUUUAUUGAACAGAGCAUAAGAGCGGCCAUACUGGGUCAGACCAUCCUUCUAGCCCAGUGUCCUGUCUUCCGACAGUGGCCAGUGCCAGGUGCCCCAGAGGGAAUGAACAGAACAGGGAAUCAUCAAGUGAUCCAUCUCCUGUCGCCCAUUCCCAGCUUCUGGCAAAGAGAGGCUAAGCUACUGACACGUUGGCUGGGGUGGGAAGGUCCAUGAUGCUUUAUCUUUAGGAACACAGCACCUCCUGACAGGUUGAAAGCAGGGACGAUUCUCUCGGUCUGGCCUAUCGGCAUUAAUGGGUUCCAAAGCCAACUUGGAGUCUCAGGGAUCAAGGCCACCCUUUGCUCCCCUGGCUCAUGAAGCCCGACACCAAGCUCCUGGACAGUAGCAAGGAAAGAUUUAACUAUCUCCUGAGGCUGCAGACUGGUCUUCAGGAGACCGAAGGGCAGGGAUUGUGUGUCAUGACGAGGCUCUGUCUCAGUGAGGAAAACACCCAGUAGUUGUUGCUGCCUGCUGCACCCUGCAUAACAUCCGCCAGCCCAAGUGGGAGCUCUCACUGCCGGGGGGGAGGGGAGUGCAUGGACAGGCUGUGUGUUGAAUGUGAGCUCAGCCAGUUACUAGGCUGCUGCAAGGGCAGUGCCAGUGUGGGAAGCUUUACGAGCUCACUCUGGCAGCGCGCACAAGCCAGACGUGUCCCAGGCAGUAUCCUGGUUUGGCUGGCCAGUGAUGUUACCUGACAUGCAGAGUGAUAAGUUUGCAGUGUGUGUGAGGGUGGUUACAGGCAAGUCCCCGUGUUCCAUAUGCCUCAGUUACCCAGUAUCUCUAUUGCCUUGAGGGAUCUGCAGCUCUGAAUUGUGAAACAAGAAAGACAGUGACGCUUUAACAGAGUAGAGCUUUAUUUAAUGUGCUGUAAAACACAGCCAGAAAGGAAGCAAAAAAGGAUCCCCCCGCACCCCUCCCCCAUAACUAGAAAAUUAAAGGCAGGUGCUGACUGCGCUCAGCAGCAUUGCAGGGUGCAGUACACACAAUAAAAGCAGUUACUGUCCACUGUGAGGAGCUGGUUUGACAGCGACCUCAGUAGGGGGAUCCUGCCCACUCCAGCUGAGCUGCAGACUCUUCCAUAGCACUUGCCAACUGGAGAGAUAUAGACUGAAGGGACUAUUAAUGAUCUAGUCUGACCUCCUGUAUGAAUAGAUUGAGACUUUCACACAGUUACUGCUGUAUAACAAGAUCUAAUGGGAAGAAGUUGAAGCUAGACACAUUCAGACAGGAAAUAAGGUGUGAAUUUUGAAUAGGGAGGGUAAUUUACCAUUGCAGUGACUAACCAAGGGCCAGGGUGGAUUCUCCAUCACUGACCAUUUUAAAAUCAAGAUUAGAUGUUUUUCUAAAAGAUCUGUUCUGGUUCAACCAGGAAUUAAUUCAGGGCCAUUCUCUGGCCUGUGCUAUAUGGGGCGGGGUAUGUGUGUCAGGCUAGAUGGUCACAGUGGUUCCUUCUGGCCUUAGAAUCAAUAUCUUUGUGAUGGGUUGUCACACCCGGGGUGCAGGCUGGGAGCUAUGGGGACUGCUGUGGUCCUUCAUUCUCCUAGCUGGGCUGGCCCUUUUUCACAUUGCUUGGUUGGAGAUACAGCCAGCCUCCACAGGCCCUGUUAUCACCCAACAUGACAGUAGGUGGUACCACACACCCAAACUGAGCUACCUGAGUGCAAACAGCAGACACCAGGCAAUUUCCCAGCUCCCCAGGCUCACCUCCUCCUCUGGCCCCGGAGUAUAAACCCAAAAUUAUACCGUCUUGCACUGCACAGGGAUGUGUACAAUGUAAGCUCAUUAAUAACAUUCGCCUUCCCCUCAAUGUGGGAAGGAUAUGCAACAAGCCUGUGUUAACCAAGCUGAGAUUUUCCCCAGACACUUCAGUCAAAGGUACAGUGGUUUAGAUCAAGCAAAAAACAAGUUUAUUAACUACAAAAUGAUAGAUUUUAAGAGAUUAUAAGCGAUAGCAAACAGAUCAAAGCAGAUAACCUAAUAAAACUGCACACUAAUCCUAAAAUAUCAGAAAGAUUGGCUAUGAAUUAGCAAUUUCUCACCCUGGCGGAUGAUACAAGCAGUCCACCAGGUUUCCAUACACAGGGUAGAAAUCCUUUUAGCCUGGGAUCAGCACUUCCCUCAGUUCAGUCUUCUUUCCCCACGUGUUUCCAGGAGUGUCCUUGUGUGGGGAAUGAGGCCACUAGAUGAUGUCACACUUCACCUUGUAUAGCUUUAACAUGUAGCAGGAACCCCUUGUUCCAUAAACUGUUCCAAGCCCUGUUUGUGGAAAAAUACAGGUACCCAAAAUGGUGUUCAGUGUCACAUGGUCUGGUCGCAUGCCCUUGCUGAGUCAUAGCAGCCAAUACUUACUGGCUAGCUGAAACAUUACAGGAAGGCUAAACUCUUCCAUAGCCCAUUGUCUUUGCUGAUGAGCCAUGAGCACUGUCUGGCGUCUUCAUUGUUGUGCCCGCUGUGGGUGUUUUCCAGAAUAAGCACAUUUGAAAUACAGAUACCUAGUUAACAUUCAUAACUUCAGAUACAAAAAUGAUACAUGCAUACAAAUAGGAUAAUCAUAUUGGCAAAUCAUAACUUUUCCAAUGACACCUUACCUGACUCAUCUUGUACAAAUUACAUCAUAAUUAUUGUCAUUAGAGGCUACCGGUGCGGUGCUCUGCUUUUGUUCGAUGAUGAUAACAGUCGGCUGCGUGCAUGCUCCCUCUGUGUGGUGCCCCGGCUCUGCGCAGAUAGCUGACACAGCAGACCCCGAGAGAACCCGCAAAGACCACAGACUCUGAUAAGGUACGAAGGCACCCGGCCAGGUUUAUUGUCCAAUGAAACACAGUCUCUAGCUCACCGGAUUAGAUAUCGAUGGGUCUGCUAGUACUUAUAUGCUCCCUGACAAUGGACACAGCUCAGUCAGUGGUGGGACUUUCCACUGCCCCCUAGGCAAGACCAAGACACCAUCCCAGGGCUGUAUUCUUAUACACGGGUACAAACAAGUUACACAUCACUCCUGACAUAGUGAGGUGCAACCCCUCUACGUAACAAGGUGCUGCCUCUCUCCUGGUUCGAACAAAACAACUCUAUCCAUCUUUUGCCCUGUCUUUAGGAUGGGUCUGCCUGUUCCUUGUUAUCUGUGUGGAAUGUACAGUGUUCUGGUACUGUUUAGGUUUGUGUACUUUUGCAACAUCAGCCCUUUCCUUGCCAGCUUCUGUGAGCAGGGCCUGCCUCUGGCUCACAGCCUAACUUUGCUUUAUGUUAGCAAAG